AUGAAUGAUGCUGGCACAAGCUCUUCUCCCGGUCAGUUCAGCUCAGUGUCACUUGAAGGCGCUGGUGAGCUUCUUGUUACUUCGUUCGCAACGCGCUCACUCGUCCUGUCCAAUCCAGUGAACAAGAUGUUGAAGAAAGUGAAGAGCAUUCGACAUGACUUCUACAACAUCGAAGCGGACUUCAAGACGCAUGCUCAUAGAAAAGUGAACAUUGCUCUCAUGCCGCGAGGAGACAGGGGACCGACUGGCCCUCCUGGCAAGAUGGGAAAUAAAGGGCCCACAGGCCCUGUAGGACUCCCUGGAUAUCCAGGGCCGAGAGGAUACCCUGGCAAGGAUGGGAUCCAAGGCCCGAGAGGAAGGCGAGUAACAAAGAGUUUCGCUGCUAUCUUGCUCAUCAACAAAGCAGGACAGGGGCAAAGGGCAAUCGAGGUGACGUGGGACAGGCUGGACCCCCCGGACUUGAGGGUCCCCCGGGUCCUGAAGGCGAAAGAGGACAGCCUGGACGUCCUGGGUCACGAGGACCGCCAGGGAGACCAGGAGCUCCUGGAAGGAACGGAAUCAACGGUCAGCCUGGACCACCAGGAUUCGACGGACUCCCGGGACCUCCUGGUCCUCAAGGAGAGAUGGGACCGCCGGGGCCGCAAGGUGCUCGAGGACCACGUGGACCGACAGGAGUCGGGGGCGAUCGCGGUCCAACCGGAAUGA